UUUAAUAAUAUGUUCUGUAAACAUAAAUAAAAAAUGAAUUUAAACUUUAGUAAAUUGUUUUCAAGGAAAACGCAAAUAAAGGAUGAAGGACCUUCUGAAAUUGGUUUACCGUUUCAUUUUAAUCAUGAUAUCCAUGUGAGUAAAAACGAAGAGACUGGACAGUUAGAAGGUCUCCCAUCAUCAUGGAUUCGAUUAAUGAAUACACAAAUUUCAAAACAAGAACAAUCAGAAAAUCCAAAAGCUGUUUAUCAAGCUGUAAAAUAUUACAAUUAUUCGAUCAAGAAAAAAGAAAUUAAUGAACCUUUUAAACCAUUUGUUACCGAACAAGUGAUAGAUGAAGAAUCAAAAGAAAUUGAUGAGUUUUUUAUUAAGAAAAAUGCUCAUCAGAGUCAAGAUUCAGAUCUCUCUUCUAUCGAUGAAUUAGAAUUACCACCAAAGUUACCAGUUAAGUCAAGAACUUUGCCUGUUAAAUUAACUAAUAAAAAUGUGGAAGCUGAGGUUAAAAUGUACGAUGCAAUGACAGAUUUAACAUUAAUAAAUACCCUAGAAGUUGAAAGCAGUAUUGGUGACAGUAGUUUGAGUACAGAUAACGAUGACGAAGGUCUAGAAUUACGAAAAAAAGAACGUAGUGAUAUGAAUGAUCAGGAAGUAUUAGAGGAGUUACGUAAAAUUUGUCAUCCAGGUGAUCCUUAUAAGCGUUUUCAACGUGAUAAAGAAUUAGGUUCAGGUGCUUCAGGUAUCGUUUUUAUAGCAACAGAUACAGUGUUAAAACAACGUGUGGCUGUUAAAGACAUUGAUGUUACCAAACAAACCAGAAAAGAAUUACUUUUAAAUGAAAUUCGUAUACUUAAAGAGUUCAACCAUGAGAAUUUAGUUAAUUUCCUUGAUGCCUAUUUAGUUAAAGAUCAUUUAUGGGUCGUAAUGGAAUUAUUAGAUGGAGGUCCUUUAACUGAUGUUGUAACAGAGACUGUUAUGAAAGAGGGUCAAAUUGCAGCAGUGUGUUAUGAAGUUUUGAAAGCUAUUAACUUUUUACAUCAAAAAGGGACUAUUCAUAGAGAUAUUAAAUCAGAUAAUGUUUUGUUGGGUAUGAAUGGAACGGUUAAAGUAACUGAUUUUGGAUUCUGUGCGAAUAUAGUGGGAGAUGAGAAACGACAAACGAUGGUAGGAACACCUUAUUGGAUGGCACCUGAAGUUGUUACACGAAAGCAAUACGGUAUGAAAGUGGAUAUAUGGUCGUUAGGAAUAAUGGCAAUUGAAAUGAUUGAAGGUGAACCUCCAUAUUUAAAAGAAACGCCACUUAGAGCAUUAUAUUUAAUAGCAUCGCUUGGUAGACCAAAGAUUCCACGAUGGGCUACUUUAUCACCGGAUUUACAAAGUUUCUUAGAUCGUUGUUUACAAGUGAAUGUGGAUGAUCGUGCUUCAGCUGAUGAAUUAAUUCGACAUCCAUUCCUGACGAGACGUAUGGAGUUACACACGUUGACACCGUUAAUACGAGCUGCUCAAAAACUUCUCAAUAAGGCUGUGUAACUGUUUUUAUAAGUUUUCUUUUUUAUUGCAUUUAUUUUUUGAAUAUGUUCCUAUCAAAUCAUUUCCUGUUAAAAAUUCGUAAUUGUUUUUGAAUAAUGAACGCUAAUACUUAGAUAGGAACAUUAUUCACAAUUUCAAUACAAUUUACGAUAAUGUCCACUUAAAAAAAUCACUAAAUCAAGGAUUAAACAACGGUAUGCAAUUCUUAAUUACAUUAAACUGUAAAUAAUUAUUAAAAUAAG